UUCGUCUAAAAAUGUUCCUUUGAUUGCUAUUAACGCCUCUUGCGGCGAAAGGCAGCAUAAUCCGCGAACUGCUGUUUUGUAUAACAGUCGAGUUGACAUACUUUUUGUUUUCCUUAUUUGCUUUGGUGGAAACACCGCUCUUUUAUCUAUUUAGUGCUGGAUGACGUGCAUCGAGAGGCUGUAAAUCAGAAUCUAGAAGAGUUUGUGAAGAUGACCAGGAAUAUUCUAGUGACUGGCGGCACAGGACUCGUAGGAAAAGCCAUUGAAAGUGUCGCCUUGGAGAAGGCUUCGCAGGAUGAUAACUUUCUAUUUCUCAGCUCUAAACACUGCGAUUUAACGAAACUCGAGGAAACGCGGCGUGUUUUCGAGGAGUUUCGACCAACUCAUGUCAUCCACUUGGCAGCAAUGGUCGGAGGACUUUUUCACAACAUGAACAAUAAUCUUGACUUCCUGCGCAAAAAUAUGCAAAUCAACGACAAUGUGCUUCUACUUUGCCACGAGUUCAAUGUUAAGAAGGUCGUUUCUUGUCUCUCAACUUGCAUCUUUCCGGACAAGACUAGCUAUCCUAUUGAUGAGACGAUGGUCCACAAUGGGCCUCCGCACGACUCCAACUAUGGCUACAGUUAUGCCAAGAGGCUGAUCGACAUCACCAACAGAGCGUAUCACGAGCAGUUCGGCCACAUCUUCACAUCCGUGAUUCCGUGCAAUGUUUUCGGGCCACACGAUAACUUCACGCCUGGCGUGAGCCACGUGAUCCCGGGCAUGAUCCAUCGGCUGUAUGAGACCAUCCGAAGUGCGGACAUUCCGGAGGCUGAGAAAGUAUUCACGGUGUUCGGAAGUGGGCGGCCUUUGAGGCAGUUCAUUUACUCCCUGGAUCUAGCUCGACUCUUCCUCUGGACGCUGGAUAAUUACGAUAGCGUUGAUCCGCUGGUGCUGUCUGUAGACGAGACUGAUGAGGUGUCUAUCAAAGAAGUGGCGGAAGCCAUUGCGAGUGCCUUUGAAUUCAAGGGGAAGAUCGAAUUCGACACCACAAAAGCCGAUGGGCAGUUCAAGAAGACGGCGUCCAACAAGAAGCUCCGCAGCCUCGUGCCUGACUUCCAGUUCACGCCCUUCCACGAGGCGAUCAGAACCUCGGUGACGUGGUAUAAGGAGAACUACGAGAAUGCCAGGAAGUGA